AUGUCCUUUUACAGCCCAACCACCGUCCUGGUGGGAAUCCUCCUCCUCUACCUCUCCUCCUUCAUUCUUUUCGCCAUCGUUCGCAUCGGCACCGGCGUCUCCAUUCAACGAAUCGGUUACUUCUCCCUCCGACGCAUCGCAUAUGCACCCCGGGAAGGCGUCCAGAUUGAUCUCCGCGGGCUAGGCUUGUCCUUCCAUCGACCGUCUUUCUCCCAGCCGACAUGGAUUAGUCUCCGCUUGACAGAGCUCAAGGUGACCGUGGACCUCAGAGCCUUGAGAGACAGUGAGGAGAGAGCGCAUCGAAAUGAUGCUUCGCCGUCGCAAACCCCGCCGCCCAAUGGAUCUCCACGCAUCCCGCAUCCCGAUGCCAACUCCGGCUCGACUCGAGGCUCCUCGUCCAGAUCGCGGAGCGAGACCUGGAAGAAAUUGACCCGGUUGAAAGAGCGAAUCAAGCGACUGCAUCGCCAGAUCCACUGGCUGGCCAUGAUCGAUCUGGUCGCGGUCAACACCACCGUCCACCUGGUCGAUGUGGGCCAGAUCCAGGUUGGGUCAUUGAGCAUGGCAGUGGAUACAAGGCGCAAGAUGGUUGAAAGGGGCCGACUCUUUCGCCACAAGAAGGAUCAAUCUCGGGAAUUACGGCCCGCAGAAUGGAUGAUGACCGUCCGGAAUAUUCUGCUGGCUGUGGAUGGCCGUGAACCGAUGGAGCUGCUGGAUAAUUUGCAACUCAAUAUUCAUGGCCACAUGUAUCGAGACUUGGAAGGCUUGAGGGACACCUCGGUCGCGAUCAGAGUCGGGAGACUCCACAUCCCCUAUGAUGAUCUAAUGAUCCUGUCGCAGAGAAUCAGAGAGUUUAAAAAGGCACAGCCCAAAGCGGAGCCGAGCAGUGAGACCGACGACGAGAUAUCGUUUGCGGACUUCGUAGAAGAGCUCGAUCGGCCUGGAUCGCGGGAGGAGGCCAUCGUUCAGACGGUUGCCGAUUCUAAGGAAUUCGUCAGCUCCAUCCUACGCGGCAUAGAGGACAUUCAGGUUGCCCUGAGCUUCUUCAGAGUAUCCCGUUCACUCUCUUCUCUUUCUGCUGCCCCGAAGGAAACGCAACUCAAUCUCGUCACGCAUGAAAUCGGCAUUGACCUGCACCGCAUGAACCCUAAUACACCGGCUCACCGGAUGUAUUUCCAGCGUAAUGACGUUGCUCACCAGGCGUUGUUGGCCGCCAUUUCGCUCUCUGUUAGUCUGGACGACAGUUCCGGAGAGACGAAUAGGCUUCUGUAUGUCCCCAUGGCCACGACAACCAUCAAGACGACAUUGCCUUCCAAGACCGUCAACUUCUCCGAUCAGCACGCCCCGGCCGAGAGGAACACCAACGUCUUGUUUGCCAAUCUGGUGAUUACUUCCCCUUCUCUCGACCUGGAGCCGCGCCAUGUCUCCCAAGUCCUGCGUUUGGCUGAGGCAAGAGCGUCCUCAGAGCGUGGUGGCAAGAAACGAGACAACCAUCAGAUCAUCUCUCGCCUACUGCCUAAAGCGAGCAUCAAGCUCUCGGUGCAUGAGCCCGUGGUGCGAUUUGUUCUUCCAAUCCCCAAUGACGCCGCUGUUGAUCCUGGCGACUACAACCUGUUAAUCUCUUCGAUCUCCUCCAUAUCACUAGAUAUUGAAUCCUCUCAUUCCGCAGAAGCUGGUAUCCAGUACUCUUUAUCGUCCACCUACCGAGUCUCUUCACACCAGUUGUAUUAUCAGACCCCGGCUGGUGUCAAGUAUAACCUUAUCAACACGCAGAACUUGGAAGUCAGGGUCCAUCUGAUCGCCACUCCCGAGUUGUGUGUGUUCGUGUCGGGGAACCUGAACUCAUUCUCUGUCCACAUGGUCAAUGGAGACGUGAAUCGGGGGAUCCGACAGGUCAUCGAGCAGGUCCGAACACACAUGAAGCCGAAAAGGCUCGCCAGGCCGACUGUGGAACAGAAGCCCAGUCUACUAAGACGUCUUCCGCCCUGGCUUUCCCGAGUCCAGUUCGAAGCCACAGAGCUCAAUUUUGAGGUUGCCGGUGCCGCUCCUGGCGAGUCCACGACUACACGCGGAAUCGCGCUGCAGCUGGAAUCGUGGACUGCCGACUAUCGAGCCCAGAAGACGGAGCCAAUUAAGCACCCAGCAAGACGACGCACGCCAAGUCAUUCUACGGUUGGGGAUGACCAUACCUUUCGGUUUCCCCCGACAUCGCCUCCCAAGAGAGCCCCAAAUGGUCGUGCGGAUGGCCGAAGGUUGGCUAUACACCUGCGUGGGCUCGAAGGCUUCGCUAUCGAAUCAGAGGAUUAUAUGGAACCAGAGUCUUUUCUCUCUCUUCCCCGGUGCGAAGUGGCGCUGAGCACACAGAGUGACCUCCAGGGACCAAUCUUUCACGUCAACUCGGUUCUCAGAGCACUUUACCUUGAAUUCUCCCUGUACAGAUACUAUUCUCUUGGGACAGCUGUGUCUGUCCUUCGGGAGACCUUUAUGCCUACACCUGCGGAAAAGAAAGAGCCGAGUACGAGCGACUAUCAAUUCAAGAAUUUCGCAGGCACUUCACUCCAGGCCCCGCCCCCACCACCGCAUCGCGCUGAGCUUACCACCGUCGAUGUCCGAGCCAGUCUCGUACAGAUCAAGGGUAUUAUGCCUUCUGAUCCCCCCGGCUGCCACCGUUGGUCUGCUCCCUUCAUGAGAUGUCACCUGGCGCGUCUGCAUGUUGAAGCGCCAAGGCUCAAAGGAAUCUGGGCGCGGGUGGUGAGCAUGAAUAGUGUUAGGCUCGACCUGCGAGAGGGUAAGAGGACGCCAGGUCGCGAUUCCAAAGAAGAGAAAUCACUGGACGUAUCAGCGGAUUUCAUUCGGCUGGGCGUUCCUCAUCACAUGGUCAUGCACCAUGUCUUCGACAACAUCACCAACACUUUCAAAGCUCUGCAGCAGCUCCAUCACCGGUUCAAGACGAAUUCGGGUGAGGACAUACUGGAAAAAGAGCCGGAAGGCCCCAAGAAAGUACCUCGUAUAUCGUUACGUAGCAGAGCUUUACUGUUCCAGCUCGAAGACGAUGCUUUCGAAUGGAAGCUCGGCUGCAUCUAUCGUGCGGGCCUAAUCGAGCAGAGGCACCGCCUAGCGCGGGAGGAAGCUUUCCGUCUGAAAUCUCAGAAGCUUAAGGACGCGGAUCAACGGCGGGCGUCUUCGCGAUUCCGAGCGCAGUCAAGCCACCCCGAUUCUUACUUUGACCGUAAGAGUGAUGACAGGAGAAGAAGCACAAGCGCCGAUGGCAGACUGCCCAGAGGAUCGUUCGAAUCUCGCGGCCGACAGGGGCGAUGCCGGUAUGAUGCGGAAGGGUAUGCUAAUAUUUCUUCGUCUGCGAAAGUGUCGACAACGGAGGCAUGGCAGCGAUUACAGGAGUACAACGCUCGAAGCUGGAAGAGGAAAAUCGAUGCGGCAAUGCAGUUCCAGAACAAAUCGAUUCAAGAGAUCAGGAAUCUCUUCGCCGGCGCGGACGAACCGCCGGAAGAUGUUGAGGAUGACGAAACCAUCUUGGCCAUUCCGGAUAGGCCUGGUCUGAUGUCGACACUCAUCAGCGACGUGCACCUCGUGAUUGACAAGCCCACAUUCCCAUUGAACGAAUAUCCUAAAUUCCUCCAUGAGAUCGGAAAGGGGAUGCCAUUGGAUAUGCAAUACUCUUUGCUCGUCCCCAUGAGCAUCCAACUGGAUAUGGGAGAAGCUCGGGUGACGUUGAGAGAUUAUCCGUUAG